AUGACAACUGCUAGAAUCAGUGAAUUCAAUAAGAAAUUUAAUACUUAUUUUCAAAUUUUUAUGCCGCAAAAUAGACAUUUUCAACCAAAGAGAGUACUCGAGGAAUUAGAUUGGGUAUUUUACUUACAUAAAUCACAUUUCUGUCUCACAAGAAGAAAUAACAAAACCUUAGGCAUUAAAGAAAUAGAAGAUAAUUACGAUGAAAAUAUAUGGAGAACUUGUAUAGAUGAUAAUGCAGUAACACAAGUUUCACCUCUAAAACUAAAUGUUUUUCCAACAAUUCAUGAUGAUUGUUUAUGCGCACGGGAUUGCGAAACUUAUAGCGAAAAAGAAACGAAUAAAGUAAUUCCUUAUUCUUGCACGUUAAUUAAUUUAGAAAAACUAAGAAAAAUGUUAGACAGAAUAAAACAUAACUUUCCAGAUUUAAAUCCCACUGAUAGUGUUCCAGAAGAAUUUUAUAAUAAAUUAAUGAAUACAGUAGAAAUAUUUGUGGGUAAAGAUUGCAUCGAUCAAAUGUUAAAGCGUUUAGGAAAAGUAGAUCAAAAAAGAUUAAAAUUAAUUUCUCAUAACGGUAGAGGUUUUGAUAACUGA